AUGCAUAAUAGCAGCUCUAAUGAUACUAGAAAUAUGUUUUAUGUUGAAUAUGAAAAGGCUUUAUUAAGUGACGAGAUCAUGUCGUAUUUUAUCACAAUAAACACGAGUGGAAUAGGACAUUCUGUGACAGUCUUAGGACUAAUUGUCAACGUACUAAACAUCAUCGUAUUUGUCCGACAAGGUCUGCAAAACUCGGUCACCAUAAGUCUUCUUGGACUCAGUGUGUCUGAUUUUGGGUCUUUGUUUGUUAAUUUCUUUGCCAACCUCUGCUGGGCGCCAUCAAUACCAAUGAUGGACCUGCCAUUUUACCCUCUACAGCUAAUAUACUUUCUGGUGUGGACACACGUAGUCUUUACAAGAGUGACCACUGGAAUAACAGCCUGGAUUACAUUUGAGCGAUGUUUAUGUAUUGUGGUUCCUCUAAAGAUUAAAUCCAUCAUCACUCCCAGACGAACUGUGACGUUUAUUGGUGUUCUCUACGUCAUCAUGUUUGCGUCUGCUAUUCCGGUUAUCUACAGCACCAGAACAGUCUGGAUAUUUGAUUCCCGCCGAAACAAAUCGCGCAUGGGGAUUGCAAAAGCUGCUAAUAGUGAAGGUAUAGCCAGGAUUUCAUACUGGAUCAAUAAUAUAAUACCAACCAUUUUCUUUGUAUUCAUCACUGUGUGCACAGUUAUUCUGGUAAAGGCGCUGAACAAAAACUCCAGAUGGAAGCAACAAUCUGCAUCUUCACAGAAUCAAGCAACUGUUUCAAGCAGGGACGCUAAGGUCGUUAAAAUGGUCAUUUUCAUCUCCAUUGUGUUUAUCGCCUGCUACGCUCCUGGAACUGUUUUCUUUGUGUUUGCUCUGAUAAAUUCGCAAGUAACUUAUGCUGGCAAACAGAAAAACCUGGUAGUGGCAAUUUACUCGGUUUUACUUGUCCUAGAAGCAAUCAAUGCAGCUGCAAAUUUUUUCAUCUACAAAGCAAUGAGUUCAAAGUUCAAGCGUGUAUUUCUAAGUUCCAUCUGUGUUUUUACCUUUGUAGGGGAGAAACGGAAAUAA